AAUUUAAUACUAUCCCUCUCAUCUCCAUUUAUUCAAUAAAAAUAGACUCAUCUCUUUCUCAGCUAACCUCCCUGUCACUGUGUGUAAUACACACACGCAUAUAGUUCAUCUUCCCCAAUUCUGUUAAGAAGAUCAAGUUCAUGUAAUCUGUAAGUAUAGAUUUGUGUAUGUAUACAUUUAAUGAUGACAAAUGUGGCUGAGAUUAGGAGUUUAGAGAAAGGAAUAGAGUGAGAUUGAGUUGGUUAGGGUUUAUAAGAGAGAGGGAGAGGAGAGAUGCCGAUGAGUAGAUAUGAGAUACGAAAUGAGUAUAGUUUAGCUGAUCCAGAGAUAUAUGGAGGAGCUGAUAAAGAUGAUAAUGAUCCAGAAGCUUUGCUUGAAGCUGUUGCCAUGGCUGGUCUCGUUGGUGUUUUACGUCAAUUAGGCGACCUUGCUCAGUUCGCCGCUGAGGUAUUUCACGAUUUACAUGAAGAAGUGAUGGUAACAGCUACAAGAGGCCAUGGUUUAACUGUUCGUGUGAAACAGCUUGAAGCUGAUUUUCCUGUGAUAGAGAAGGCAAUUUUAUCACAAACGAGUCCCUUGGCUUUUUAUUCUAAUCAAGGUACUGGCUGGCAUCCUAGUCUGCAUACAAACCAGAAUCUAAUCACUGGGGGAGACUUACCACGAUUUAUCAUGGAUUCUUAUGAAGAAUGUCGUGGUCCUCCUCGCUUGUUUCUUCUUGACAAAUUUGACGUUGCUGGUGCUGGAGCAUGUUUAAAGCGGUACACUGAUCCAUCAUUCUUUAAAGUGGAAACGUCAUCCUAUGGGCUGUCGAGUGCAGAAGUUCAGAAGGAUAAAAGAUCUCGUAAAUCGAAGAAGAAAGGUUCACGCUUGAGGAACGCUGGAACCCCAGAGGUCUUUCCAGCAUCUCAUGCCAAACUCCAGCAGUUAUUCUUAGAGGAUCGUGUUGAGAUUGGUGUCACUGACUCUGCAGGUUUUGUGAAACUGAAGAGGAAAUUUAUCAGGCACCCAUUUUACUCAGAAACUGGGAAAAGUUUUAUGGAAAAGUUCAUUAGUGUGUCUUCACCCGAGGACAAAGUUGUUCAUGAAGUCGCUUAUGGUUCCUCAACCCUGGAAUUGCCAUUUCAAACUGCCAGUGAAUCAGGAACUGGAGUAAGUUAUCUGAAAGAAUCAAUGAGUGUAGAGAGGACUGUGCUAACACCAAUUAUGGAUGAGGUAAAUAAGGAUCUCCAAAAUAGGGAACUUUAUUCGGAAUCCAUGCAAUAUCCUCUUGUGGUGGUUGACGAAAAAGAGAUAGCAGUGGAUGGUGAGAGAACAAACAAUGACAACGAGUAUGAUAACAAGUCUGAUGAUGUUGCUAGUGAGGUAGAUACUUUCAUGGAUGCCCUUGCUACCAUGGAGCCAGAAAUUGAGACUGACACAGAACUCAAAUCCAAACAUGAUAUUGGGUUUGAGGAUAUGGAAAAGCAGUUGAUAGACUGUGAUGCAAAUGAAGAAUUGCUUCAAGACGAAUCUUCAGAUUCUCAGUCGACAGGAAACUCAAAUGCAUCAGACAAUGGGAAGGAUUCAGUUAAAAAGAGGUCAUCUAGUUUUUUGUAUUCUGAUACUGGAAGAACUUCAGCUGAGAAUAUGCCAGUAGAUGUAGAUUUUGCAGCUAAAGUGUCCCCAUCUACUAAAUCUUGUGAAGACGAGGUUACUAUUAUGUCAAUGGAGAAGCAUUCCUCUAGUGAGGAGCUUUCACCAGCUCAGGAUUAUCAACCUCCAAAGCUUGAUAUCCCUGAUGAUUCAUCUAAUGAGGUAACUAACUUGCCAAGAUAUAGGUCUGAUUCUGAAGGUCCUUGUUCUAGUGUGCAUCAUUCAGAUUCAUUUCCGACACAUAUACCUCUGGACGAAGGAGUAGAUAGAGGUACAUUAAAGGGAGCACAAAUUGUUAAAGAAUCCUCUAAUUAUGAUGAACAUGACACCAAAUUUUUCAAGAUCGAAGAAAAUAGCAGAAGUCGGGGCAAUAAUAUACCUUGGACAUCUAGACACUCUAGUGUUCCUUCACAGACAGAAGUUGAUGAACCACUUGUGCACACAGCAUCUGCUGAAAACCAUACUCUGGAAAAAUUAGAUGGUGAUUUAAGUGUCCUUCCUUCCGUUUCAGGCCAUAUUUCUGAAAACAUUCUUGAGGUAAUCUCCAAGAAAGGUGACGAUAAAUGUUCAUAUGAUGAUUUGCUUGAAGUAGAACAUGAAGUUAUAUUUACCAACGAUUUGAUAGAUAGUCAAAUAAGUCCGCGUCAUUCAGUUAUUAUACAUGCAGACAUUAAAUCUUCUGUACCAGCCCUUUUGGAUUCUGAAACAAGUAACACAGUUCUUCAGCCUAAGGUCCUUGAUUCUGUGGAUGAUGUGCUUCCAACAUCUAAGUCUAUAAUUGUUGAUUCUAAUAUUGCAUCAGAUAGUUCUUAUAAUUCUUCAGUUGAGGAGCAACAGGAAGCAGAAUGGGCAGAUGAUGUUCCUGCAAUUCCUAUUGUUUCAGCUUUCGAUGCUUCAAAAGAAGAAGAAACCCCUACUAGCGUUUUUCCUGAAGCAGACAGUAGCGGGACAGGUGAAAUUUCCAGCAGUAUUAGUUUGAUAGGAAGUAAAGCUACUGCAGUUACAACAAAAUCUGAUCACUUGUACUCCGGAGUUUCUGGAUCUUCCACUGGUUUUCCUGUUCCCAGCGAAGCGGCUGAUGAUGGACUGCUUGAAGUUUCUUCCUGUAUGAAUUUGAAUGAAAUUGGAGCUGAUGCACAAGCAAUUUUCUUGGAUCCCCUGAACAUUGAAAGUCCUGGAUCACUUGUUGAUGUAAAACAAACUGAAGUGGGUCAAUCGGAAAACAUUAUCGUUGCUGCAAUUGUUGAAAAUCAUGAUAGCGAUUUUGAUAAUCCUGUAUCUGAAAGAAAUUUGCAGACAGAAGAUUUCAACUGUGUUCAGAAUCCAGGCCAUUAUGGAUCUGAAGUCGAUAAUGAAAUUCUUCUACAGAACUAUAAUGAAUCAGAUAAGCAGACUACAGAGGUUAAUCAGGAAAUUGGAUCACCGGAUUUGGACUGUGUUCGAUCUAAGAUGAACCUUCGUGAUCAUUUAGACUCUGAAAUGGUUGGUUAUGUUCCUGAAUUGAGUUCACAACCUGUUAAAACCACUGAGUUUUCAUCUUAUUCAAUAUACAGUGUCCGAAAUACAGAACCAGUUUCUUCUGUUGAAAAUAAUUUGCAUGAGCAUUCUGGUGAUACUUUUCCUUCAUCAAUACAUGACUUUCCUGAUGUAAGCACUCUUUCCGAACCAGAGCUCACCCUGCAGACUGAUGAAUUUGAUACUGAACAUCUGCAUGUGGAUGAAUCAAAACCCAAUAAAGUAUCUCAGUUGGAAGAGUUAAGCUCUUCAAAAAACCUGGAUGAAGGAAGCAGUGAUGCCCAUUUUGAACCUUAUUUUGUUGCAAGCAAGUCUGUAGUUCCGGUGAACUCUGACAGCCUUGCUGUGGAGAGUCUGUAUGGUGAUAAAGCAAGCUUUGGGUCGUCAUCUAAGUUGGACUCAAAUCAUGCUGAUUAUGUAGGAAACUUAAUUACUUCUGCAAGUCCAUCAUUAGUGACACCUAUAUCAGAGCUCUCUCGACAGGGAGGCCAGGAAGUUAACAUCUCUGUAGAGGCUCGGGAUGAAUUGAGUGCAGUCCAUCCUGGCAUCCUUCCCCUUCCUGAAUUACCUCAAGUCAGUUUGCCUGAAAUGCCUCCUUUGCCACCUCUACCUCCAGCGCAGUGGAGAAUAGGGAGGGCUCAGCAACAUGCUUCCCUGCCUUCUUCUGAUAGGGACUCGGUGCUGUUCCCACUGAUGUUUCAAUCUAAAACCAGCAGUAACACACAAAUGGGUUAUUCAAAGAAUAUGGAUGAUGAUUUCCUGUCUCCGGUUCUCACCUCUAAUAGUAGAAGCAGAGACAUUCCAACUUCCGAUAGACUAGAUGAUUCAGAACAAUGCUUAACAUUGCCCUAUACAGAUGAGAGCCAUGGUUACCAUAUGCUUGUUGGAGAAGCAGGAAGUAUGAUGCCUAGUGUUACUCCAUCUUCAACUGUAACUGGUGUGGAUGAAUCUUAUAUGUCUCAGUCUGUACCUAAUCAUCCUUCGAGUCAAAUGCAUCUGGAAUUAUGUCUGGAAACUGAGAGCACUUCUGCAAGAUCAGAAUCCGGGCUCAUGACGUUGUCUGACACAAAUAUUCCACAACCAACAGUAGCAGAUGAACGUCCAAGGGAUGUUUGUACUUCUGAAGGUGAAAUUGCAAGGUCGGUGAGCAACUCAUUGUUUCCAGCUAUUGAAGAUGGAACGCUGAAUGGAGAUCGGCCUAUGAAGCUUCCGCGGCCUCGUAGUCCUCUCAUUGACGCUGUUGCUGCUCAUGACAAGAGCAUGUUGAGGAAGGUGACCAGACGAUCUCGGCCUGAGGUACAGAAAGUAGAAGAAAGAGAUAGUCUGUUAGAGCAAAUACGAGCCAAGUCAUUCAACUUGAAACCUGCAGUAGUGACUAGACCAAGCAUUCAGGGUCCUAAAACCAACUUGAGAGUUGCAGCCAUUUUGGAGAAAGCAAAUGCUAUUCGCCAGGCAUUUGCUGGUAGCGAUGAGGAUGAGGAUAGUUGGAGCGAUUCGUGAAUUUUGUGUUCCAAUGUAGGUGUCUUUACGAGCUGUGCAAUACAAAUCUUCUUUCAUAAUCUUUUUGCUGAGACGGACAUGAUUUAUAUGCCAGGGAUCACAACCAUGAAUAGGAUAAGAAUAAAAUUCUUUUUUAGUAAAUAGUUAAUACCUGUACUAUGCAAUAUUCUUUUUUGUCUACCCUAUACAUGUAUAGAUUACCUUACAAAAUCUAGUAUACUCUUAGUCCUGCCGAUCCACCUCUGCCAGUGGUAUCCUAAAUAUGUAAUUUGCAAGUGUGUUACAUAGUUCUAUCUGUUGCAAUAGAUCUUUGUACGAAUCAUUACAUUAUACUUUUGUCAUUUGUCAAAAUGAUGAUAUCAGUGAAUAUGGUACAAGAAUGUAGUGCUGUGUUCCCUCA